UAUCCCGAAGCCAGCCUCAGACGCACUCUAGUCUAUAAUUGAACUCUAUGGUUUGACCAAAGGCGACGAUACGUAUAGUCUCCUUGGCUUUGACAGUCCCCAAGUGGCUACGUGUGGCGCUGCCUGUCUUAUAGCCAAUACGGUCCAGUUUCAAGGUUGAAUUACAGCUGUUAAGCAUGGCGGCACACAUGGAGAAAAACCCCGAGAAGCCGAUCAUACGCGAUUAUUUACUGAUGCCUGAACCACAGCCACUGACAGAGGAGAAGCCGGUGACUCCCGAGGUGCAGGAGCUCAUCAAUGAAGUCAGGCCCGUUGUGGAGGAGCAGCUGAGUCGCCCCGUGUCUCGCUACGUGGGGCUGAUCUUCAAAACCAAUAAUGUGAUAGGCACCGACUACUUCGUCAAGAUUGACGUCGGUGACAACAGGAUGGUGCACGUCAGGGUGCACAAAUCCCCCGAGGGCGUCGUCACCAUGCAGAGCAUUAAGCACUUCACCGACAACCUGGACCGAGAACUUGUCUACCUCUGAAGCACCCAUCCAUCCAUGAUAGUACCUAAGAAAGCAGAUCAGUCCUGUCGGUGGUUAUCUAUACUAUAUGCACCCACCCACCGCCGUCACGUAUAUUAUAUCCUCGGUCGCUCACUCGCAUACAUACCUUUCGUUUUUAAAAGAUUGAUUAUCUUAAUUAAUAGUUCAUGAUUUUAGUGUUGCAAAAGAUAUAGACCCACAACUAAUUAAGUAGAACUGAAGUGCUUAAAUGUAUGAUUGAUUGAUGUUUUUAAUAUAGCAAGGAAAUAUUGAUUAGUUUAUUUGUGACUUAUUUUAGUAUUGCAAAAGAGAUAUGUCCACAACUAUAGGGAGAAUUGAUCUGCUUAAAUAUAUGGUUGAUUCGUAUUUUAAAUAAUGCAAGGAGAUACUAGAACAACAUACAGAGAAAGUAUCGAGGUGCUUGAUUUGUCAUUUCAUACGUUAAACAUAAAAUAAAGGUUUAAAGUGAAAAUGUUUUUAAGUAGAAUUUAACUUUUAAGUAAACUCACUCAUUCAACUAUAUAGUAUAUUAUACAUGAUCUCUGGUGGAGGGAGUUUUUACAUUAUUACUAAAUAAAGCUCAGCAAAUCUCA